AUCUCAUCCCAAUUAGGUAAAAGAACACAAAUAUUUAUUUUGAGUUUGGGACCACAUUAAAAAAAACAACUCAAAGUUCGUUCAUUUCUAAUCCUCCUCUUUGAUUAAUGCCAGCAAAAAUGAUGAAUAUGUUGGAAUUGUACAUUUUUUAAUACUGGAAAGUUGAAGAAGGCCUAAAAUGAAAAAUCCUCUUUCUUUCAACCCAACUUUUUCCCCCAAAAUUCACACCACCAUAGCCAACCAACCAUAAUCAAUUCCACCACCAAACUCCAAUCCCAAAAACCCUUCUUCAACAUUUAUUGGGAUUGGUCUCCAUUCUUUACACAAUUCACUUCCUCUGUCUUGAAGAAAGGCGAAAAGAAGAAAAUAAAUUUUUUAUUAAUAAAAAUUGAGUCUUGAUGGGCUAUUUAUCAUGUAGAGCAGAAUCAGCAAUUUCAACCUCCAAUUCUCAGUUUGCAGCUUCUUCGAAGAAAGCCAAUCAAAUCAUAUCAAAGGAAGAUGCAAAGGAGAAACCCGUUAAGAUCCAGGAGUUUGAUUACAGUGAUCUUGAGGCGGCCACCGAUGGAUUUUCUGAACAGAAGUUGUUGGGCAAAGGAAGCCAUGGACUUGUGUAUAAAGGGGUGCUGAGAAAUGGCCGCCUGGUUGCUAUCAAGAGGCCUUCAAGAGGUGGGUCGAGAAUUCCCUCCAAGUCAGAGAAUUCGAGUGAAGUUGAGAAUGAAAUCGAUAUUCUUUCAAAGCUGCAGAACCCAAGGCUGGUAAAUCUCGUCGGCUUUAGCAAUAGUGAUUCUCAUGAUCGUCUCUUGGUUGUUGAAUUUAUGUGUAAUGGGACGCUUUAUGAUGUUCUGCAUUCCAGUUCUCGCCCUCCCAAUUGGGGGAGGAGAUUGAAAUUGGCGUUACAAACUGCAAAAGCUAUAGAUACCCUGCAUUCAUGUAGUCCCCCUGUGAUUCAUCGAGAUAUUAAGUCUGCCAAUGUGUUGAUAGAUAGGAAUUUUAAUGCGCGUUUAGGUGAUUUCGGGUUAGCUUUAAGGUGCCAUGUUGAUGAUUUUAGGUUGAGGUCAACUCCUCCUGCAGGUACAAUGGGGUAUUUGGAUCCUGGUUAUGUCACCCCGGAUAAUUUAAGCACUAAAACUGAUGUUUUUAGUUUUGGGAUCUUGUUGCUUGAGAUCAUUAGCGGAAGGAAGGCGAUUGAUGUCGCGUAUUCGCCUCCUUCCAUUGUGGAUUGGGCAAUCCCAUUGAUCAGGAGAGGGAAGCUCAUUUCGAUUUAUGAUCCUCGGAUUCCACCUCCUAAGGAUCCUUUAGUGAGGAAGCAGUUAGCAGUUGUUGCUGCUAAAUGUGUGAGGUCUUGUAGGGAGAGGAGGCCAACAAUGAGGGAGGUAGUUGAAUGUUUGAGUGGACUGAGCAAGUUGGUGCCUCUGCAUUCUUGGAAUGGUUUCACUAAUCCUUGUUUGAUGGUUGAGACAGUCGGAAAACCAGUUGAAGCAAGGACUGUCACUACUAAUGUGAGGGGGAAGGGGAGUGCAGAAGCUUAUUUGGAUGGAAAUGAUAGUUCAGUCGUUGCAAGACCUCUGAGAAACUCCCGGAGAGUGUACUCUGAUCUGGGAUUUCGGAGCAAUUUGAUGGAUUUAAUGAAUGGCAUUUACGGGGAGUCUGGAUUUCGAAGAGACAAUGAUGAUAGUGAGCAUGGAAAAGGACCUGUUACUACUGGUUUUAGUUGCAGAUUUGAAAACGAAAAGUUCAUUAGCAAAAGGGACACUCCAUCUACGGCGCCUGGUAUUGUUGACAAACAAAGCAUUGCUUCGCGAUUUUCAAGUAUCCUUUCAACUGAACAAAAUACGGUGGACACACAAUCGGAGCAGAAUCCAAUUACUGCUAGAUCCAAAGUUGGUACUCUGAUUCCUUUGUAGCUGCCUCUCUGCAUUCUGAUUCUGUUACUUUUAGAUUCACUUCGUGUUUAUAUCAAUUUGAUGUAGAUUAUUUGAGGGUUUCUUUCAAUGAGAUUGUAUCCCUCAUUGUUUUCUUCCAUAUAGAUUUGUUAGUCUAUAGAUUGUACCACACACAAGUGUCGCUUGCAAAAUCGAUGAAUGUAACACAUUCUUUCUCUGUUUGUUGUUUUGUUCAAAACCAAUAAAUGAUGAAGCUUGUGUUCAAAUGUAGACAUACAUAUUUAUAUUGCCGUUUCUUUCCAAUUCCCUAAGAUAGCUCCUCUGUGUUAGCUUCGGAUGAAUCCCUUGAGGAUUAACAACAAGUAGUUCUUCCUAG